AUGAAAUAUCUAAGAAAGUUUUUAGUAUGUGUUUUUGUAUUUGACACUCUGCUAUUUUGCUAUAUUGUUGUUUCAACAUAUAGGCAAAGGCGCAAGAACAAUACAAACUUACAUGUAGUAGAAGGAGAAUUAUAUUCAAGUGAGAGUAUACCAGAUGGAGAUAAUAUAGAGAUGAGUGAACAAAAAACUAUUGAUAGUGAGUCAACUGUAUUUUUAAAAGAAUCAAGCAGUACAGAUGAGCAGAGCUCCAAUAAAAUGGAUGUGAGUCAGUCUGAGGAUAGUUUAUCCGAUGAGUACAGUAACAUACUAUACAAAAAGGAUAAUAGCACACUUUUAGGCGGAAAAUUAAAUUAUGAAUUUCCAAGAGAAGGGUCAAUUGGUACUGAUGUGAGAGCCAUCCCCACCACAAAGAAUGUGUUUAAUUUAAAUACUCAUAUAUCACCACAUGUUCUAUAUUUCCAAAAAAAUAGUGACAGCAUGAACUCUCCCAUGUUCAUUAAAGACACUGAAACAGAAGAAAGUAAUAAAAGAAAAAAGUGUGCGUUUUAUCAUGAAAUAAUUAGAAAAUCUGGGCUGAAUAGAAUAAAAAAAAUAGAAAACAUGCUAGAGGCUCAAAAAAAAAGGCUAAACAGCAUAGAUGCCCAGAAUCGAUUGAUAGAACAAAAUAUAGUAGAACAAGAAACAAAUUAUACUAAAAUUAGUACAAAUCUGACUUAUGAGCAAAUUUCCAAGUAUGCAUAUUCACAGAGCAUAGUAGAAAGAAAAAAAAUUCAUGAAGAAAUAUUGGAGCUAGAAAAGCUAAUAAAAAAAGAAACUGCACGGCUAGAAAAGCAGGAAAAAUCUAAUUUGCUUCUAACCAUUGCGCAGCUGCAGGAAAAGGUUAUAAAAAUUAUAGAGUGCACUGAAUAUAGUGAGCUAGAACAAAUAAUAGCAAACAGCAUGCUCGAAUUAGCAAAUUAUAAGACUUUCGGUAUACAUGAAUUAGGAGUGAUCAAACAAUUAGAUAAAAGUAAUACUAACGGCAAGCUAGUAGAAAAAAAUAAAGCUAAGAAAGAAUUGCUUAUAAAAAAGGGAAAAAAAUAUGCUAAACUAAUUUGCAAUUUAAAUAAAAAGAAGAAUAAGAUAAUCGCAUGUAUAAAAAAAACCCAAAAUGAAAAAUUUCGGAUUAAACACAAACUUAAUAAUGCGCAUGCCUGGAAAAAAAAACUAACAAAGCAACUUUCUAUAACAAAAAGAAAAAUGAAUGAAUUAACCAAUAAAGCUUCUUAUAUGAACGAUAUGCCGAAAAAAUAUAAAAAAGAAAUAGAAGACUUUAAAAACAUACAAAAAAAGAAAGAAUAUGUAUAUAUUCUUUGUAUACCCAUUUGA